AUUAUAUGCGCCUUUACUCGGAAAGCUUUUUGUUUUGUUGAUGUUCGCUUUCUGUAGUGUUUUUGACAUUAGUUUGGCUACAUUUUGGAUUAAUACAUUGACGUAACAACCCAUUUGCUACGAUAGUGUGCCGUACGUAGCCGCUUCUGAUAAGAAUCGUCUAUUUUUAUUACUCCCAGUGUGUGAAAUUGAUCCUGAUGGCGAAUGACCGACUGCGAGCUUUGGAAGAGGUUGAGAAUCAAAUUGCAACGAUUCUCCAAUGCGCAGGGAACGUUGUGUUGGAGCUGUCUAAAGACAAGCACAACGCCAGUUUCCUGGACAGACAGCUCAGCCAGUUUACUGGAUCCGUCAACAGAGUGGCGACUGAGCUCAGCUCACAAAUCAGAUACCUCACACAGGUAACGCACGCACACAGAGAGACGCAGGCAGACACAGUUGUACGUUUACUGGGGCCGUCAACAGAGUGGAGACUGAGCUCAGCUCACACAGGUUGCCACAGGUCAGCCCCACGAAGGCUCCACAUACUCGGCCAGGAAAGACUGUCAAAUGGCCUUGAACCGAGCAGAAUACACCAGGGUCAAACUGGGAGAGCUGGGACGCACCUGCGAAGUCAUGCUGGAUCCACAACUCUGAGAGAACACACAUGGUCGGUAGUAGGGGGAUGUUUCCAUCGCUUGCUGCCACCAUGGUGUUUUAGGACCACCUGCUGAAGAGAGGUGGGGACUGAAAUACUUCAUAAAAAUUUUUUUUUGUAUGAUAUCAAUCAUGUAUCUGGUAAUGUUCUGUAAUAAAGUUAGUGUUUCAUUA